GCUUCAACAGGAAAAAGCAAGAAGACAGACUCCCUGACCUAAUUCAAUCCUUUUGGCUGUUCAGCAAACUUUUUUCUAUCGCAAUUUCUCCCCCUGAAAAUUCUCUGCAAAUGGACAACAAGGAAGAGUUCCUCAAGGAAUUCGUUGACUAUUACGGCUACCCCAACGCUUCUAAAUCCAUCGACGAAAUUCGUGCCUCCGAAUUCAAGCGAUUAGAUGAUACUGUGUAUUUGGACCAUGCUGGAGCAACCCUUUACUCUGAAUUGCAGAUGGAAGCUAUCUUCAAAGAUCUUACGACUAGUGUUUAUGGAAAUCCUCAUAGCCAAAGCGAUUCAAGUUCAGCCACUGGUGACAUUGUAAAGGAAGCACGCCGACAGGUCCUUGAUUACUGCAAUGCUUGUCAAAAGGAUUAUAAAUGUAUAUUCACUUCUGGGGCAACAGCUGCAUUGAAGCUUAUAGGGGAGAACUUUCCCUGGAGCUGUAACAGCACCUUUAUGUACACGAUGGAAAAUCAUAAUAGUGUACUUGGUCUUAGAGAAUAUGCUCUCAGUCAAGGAGCUGCAGCUUUUUCUGUAGAUAUAAAUGAGGCUGUGGAUCAGGAUGGAUCAUCUCAAAAGUCUCCGACUUCAGUUCAGGUAUCACAGCAUUCAGUGCAGAGAAGAAAUGAAACUAAAGUUUUGGAAGGGGCGGUUAUAGGUGAUGCUUACAAUUUGUUUGCCUUCCCCUCUGAAUGCAAUUUCUCUGGAAUGAGAUUUAGCCUUGAUUUGGUGAAUAUUGUUAAGCAAAAUGCAGAAAAUGUUUUGGAAGGCUUGCCAUAUUCAAAGGGACGUUGGAUGGUCUUAAUUGAUGCUGCAAAGGGCUGUGCAACUCAGCCUCCAGAUUUGUCACUAUAUCCUGCAGAUUUUGUUGUCAUCUCAUUUUAUAAGUUGUUUGGCUAUCCAACUGGACUUGGUGCUCUCAUAAUUCGAAAUGAUGCUGCUAAGUUAUUGAAGAAAACCUAUUUCAGUGGAGGGACUGUUGCUGCUUCGAUUGCUGACAUUGACUUUGUCAGAAGACGAGAAGGUGUUGAGGAGCAUUUCGAGGAUGGCACCAUUUCAUUCCUUAGCAUAGCAUCAAUUCUUCAUGGAUUUAAAAUAUUGAAUUCCCUCACCACAUCUGCAAUGUGCCGGCAUACUAUGUCACUUACAAUGUUUUUGAAGAAGAAGCUCUUAGAUUUGCGACAUGAAAAUGGAGCAAGUGUCUGCACUAUUUAUGGCAAUUGUGCUCUGAAGGUUUCUAUGCAUGAAUCUGGCUCCAUUGUCUCGUUUAACCUGAAAAGACCAGAUGGCUCUUGGUUUGGAUAUCGGGAGGUGGAAAAAUUGGCAUCCUUAUCUGGGAUUCAGUUACGGACUGGAUGCUUUUGCAAUCCUGGUGCUUGUGCAAAAUAUCUUGGCUUGUCUCACUCAGAUCUUCUUUCUAACUUGGAGGCUGGGCAUGUUUGCUGGGAUGACAAUGAUGUAAUAAAUGGAAAACCAACUGGAGCAGUUAGAGUAUCUUUUGGUUACAUGUCUACUUAUGAAGAUGCUAAGAAAUUUAUUGAUUUUAUAAGAAGUUCCUUUGUAUCUAUGCCAAGCGAGUUCGAGAAAGGUUACCUGCUCAGAUCAAAGUCAAUUCCAUGUGCAAUUGAAGGCCUUGAAGAUCGGCUGUCAAGUUCCGGUUGCCGCCUUAAGUCGAUAAGCAUCUAUCCAAUAAAAUCUUGCGCAGGUUUCAGUGUGAAAAAUUGGCCUCUCAACAAUACUGGUCUGCAAUAUGAUCGAGAAUGGCUUCUUAAAAGCUUGAGUGGCGAAAUUCUUACGCAAAAGAAGGUUCCUGAGAUGUCCCUCAUUAAUACCUUCAUUAACCUCAAGCAGCAGAUAUUAUCUGUAGAGUCUCCCCAUUGCAAAAGGAAAUUGCAGAUCAAACUAGACCCUGAUUCAUAUCUUUUCAGGAAAGAAGAGUUUUAUUUGCAUAAUCUGAGAUAUGAAGUCCAAUGUUAUGAAAGCGAAAUCAAUCAAUGGUUUAGUAACGCUGUUGGUCAACCGUGCACUUUAGUGCGGUGUUACCAGUCCGAGUACUGCUUCUCUUUGAACAACAACAGAAGUGUGGGUAUGUGCAGAGAUGUGGAUAGCAGGGUGAAUUUUGUGAAUGAAGCUCAGUUCUUAUUGAUUUCCGAGGAAAGUGUAUCAGACCUCAACAAUAGACUAUCCUCAAAUACUAAAAAACUCUCUGGUUGCGGGACACCUCACGUCAACCCGAUGAGAUUUCGACCCAACCUUGUGAUCUCCGGAGGCGAACCAUAUGCUGAAGAUGGAUGGAGGAAUCUCAGAAUUGGAAACACAUAUUUUACUUCAUUAGGUGGCUGCAACCGUUGCCAGAUGAUUAAUUUUUAUCAGCAAACAGGGCAAGUGAAGAAGACAAAUGAACCUUUGGCGACUCUAGCAUCAUACAGGAGAGUCAGGGGGAAGAUUUUGUUCGGGGUAUUGCUGAGUUAUGAUCCUGGUAGUAAAGCCGAGUUGGUAACAGAUUCAUGGCUCAAGGUAGGAGAUGGAGUUUAUCCAAAUUCAGAAUAGAAAGGUGAUACAACACGAGAACAGAACAGAAGCAUGUAUAGGGUAUACUGCGUACUCCGAACACGACGUCGGACGCAUACUACAUGACAUAAACAUGGACCAGACUGGACCGGACGGCACAAAAACGAUUUUUGUUAUCGCAUUCGUAGCAAUGCGAUAAACCUCGAACGAUGGAUGAUUUCCAGAUAUCUUGUAAUAAUUAAAAUAAAGGCUUUUUUGCUUCAGUUGAUGCAAGUUUUCCGUGUGUUUCAUUGCCUUGAACCAUGUUUCUCCUCUUCCCUUUUCAUGGUUGGGAUAAAUUAGUUUUUAGUC